UUUCCGACCAACGUGGGCUGUGGAUGUGGCACAGGCUCCUGCUGACUACGUGUCUGUGUUUUCACUUCUCCCUCCAGUGUUUUCGUGGUUAAUUCACCCGGUGUUUGACGCGGACAGUGUUCCUCAGGUGUCGGGCCAUGUUCCCCAGGCUGGCCUUGGGCCGUCUCCUCCCGUCCAGAAGCCGGCGUCCACAUGUGUGUCCCGCCUCCAUCAGAACGUUCUCCCAGGCCAAGUUCUCACCUCCACGUCCGCAUGGGAAGUCUUUCAUCCACCGCAGUGAGCUGAAGCAGGCCAAACGCAUCGUGGUGAAACUGGGCAGCGCCGUGGUGACGCGAGGAGACGAGUGUGGACUGGCUCUGGGACGACUGGCCUCCAUCGUAGAACAGGUGGCCAUGCUGCAGAACCAGGGCAGGGAGAUGAUGAUCGUCACCAGUGGAGCCGUGGCUUUUGGGAAACAGAGGCUGAGACAUGAGAUCCUGUUGUCGCAGAGUGUCCGCCAGGCGCUGCAUUCUGGGCAGAACCAGCUCAAGGACAUGUCGGUUCCGGUUCUGGAGGCCAGGGCGUGCGCCGCCGCCGGACAGAGCGGUCUGAUGGCGCUGUACGAAGCCAUGUUCACCCAGUACAGCAUCUGCACGGCACAGAUCCUGGUUACUAACCUGGACUUCCAUGAUGAGCAGAAGCGUCGGAACCUGAACAGUACGCUCCACGAGCUGCUGCGCAUGAACAUCGUCCCCAUCAUCAACACCAACGACGCCGUGGUCCCGCCCCCUGUUCCCAGCAGUGACCUGCAGGGGGUCAAUGUCAUCAGUAUUAAAGAUAACGACAGCCUGGCAGCUCGACUGGCAGUGGAGAUGAAAGUAGACCUGCUGAUCGCACUGUCUGAUGUCCAAGGUUUGUACGAUAGACCCCCGGGGGUGGACGAUGCUAAACUCAUCGACAUCUUCUACCCUGGAGAUCAGCAGUCCAUCACCUACGGGACCAAGUCCAGGGUGGGCAUCGGAGGCAUGGAGGCCAAGGUCAAAGCUGCUCUGUGGGCGCUGCAGGGAGGGACGUCGGUCAUCAUCGCCAACGGAACCGACCCCAAAGUGACCGGACACGUCAUCACUGACAUCGUGGAGGGGAAGAAGGUCGGCACGUUCUUCUCCGAGGUCAAACCUGCAGGUCCGACGGUGGAGCAGCAGGCGGAGAUGGCCCGACAUGCUGGACGCUCUCUGGCUUCGCUGCUGCCUGAACAGAGGACAGAGAUCAUCUGCUGCCUUGCUGAGCUGCUCACGGAGAAGAAAGAUGAGAUCCUGACGGCCAAUAAGAGAGACAUGGAGAUGGCCACGUCAUCAGGUCGUUUCUCUCAGGCUCUCAUCAAUCGUCUCAGUCUGUCCUCGUCCAAACUCAACAGUCUGGCCAUCGGCCUGCGUCAGCUGGCCGUGUCGUCCAGGGACAGCGUGGGUCGGGUUCUGAGGAAGACUCGGGUGGCCAACAACCUGGACCUGGAGCAGAUCACCGUCCCCAUCGGCGUCCUGCUCGUCAUCUUCGAGUCACGCCCAGACUGUCUGCCGCAGGUGGCGGCCUUGGCCAUUGCCAGUGGAAAUGCUUUACUCCUUAAAGGAGGGAAAGAAGCGUCCAACACUAAUAAGAUCCUGCAUCAGCUGACCCAGGAGGCGCUGUCCGUCCACGGGGUCUCCGACGCCGUCCAGCUGGUCAGUACACGUGAGGAGGUGGAGGAUCUGUGUCGACUGGACACAAUGAUCGACCUGAUCAUCCCCAGAGGCUCGUCUCAGCUGGUCAGGGACAUCCAACGGGCCGCCAAGGGCGUGCCCGUCCUGGGCCACAGCGAGGGCGUCUGCCACGUCUACGUGGACAGCGAGGCCGCCAUCGACAAGGCCAUCGACGUGGUCCGUGACUCUAAAUGUGACUACCCUGCUGCCUGUAACGCCAUGGAAACGGUUCUGAUCCACAGAGAUCUGCUCCGAACCCCAGUGUUUGACCAGAUCAUCGACAUGUUGAGAACGGAGCAGGUUAAAAUCCACGCCGGGCCCAGGUUUGCGUCCUACCUGACCUUCAGCCCGUCAGAGGUCAAGUCUCUGCGGACGGAGUACGGGGACCUGGAGUGUUGCAUGGAGGUGGUGGACAGUCUGCAGGACGCCGUGGACCACAUCCACCGCUACGGCAGCUCCCACACAGACGUCAUCGUCACGGAAAACGAGGAGACAGCCGAACAGUUCCUGCAGCAGGUGGACAGCGCCUGCGUCUUCUGGAACUGCAGCUCCAGGUUCGCUGAUGGAUACCGCUUUGGUCUGGGAGCUGAGGUGGGCAUCAGCACGGCUCGGAUCCACGCCAGGGGUCCGGUGGGGCUGGAGGGGCUCCUGACCACCAAGUGGGUCCUGCGGGGGGAGGGGCACACCGUGGCCGACUUCUCCGAACAGGGCAGCAUGAAGUACCUCCACGAGAACAUCCCCCUCCCCCAGGGUGUCUUCAGCUAAAGCUGCAGACGCUGCAGUAGAAGGGUGGGUCUGAAGGCUUCAGCCAGUGGAACAUCUGCCCCACAUGUUCCUGAUAAAUGAACCCACCACAGAACCAGCGGAGAACCACCACAGAACCAGUGGAGAACAGGAGUGCUGUUAGUGUGUGGGUGUGCCGUAAGGGGACGCAACUGGGAAAAGGAAAAUCCAGGUGUGGUGUAGUGGGUGUGAGGUCUGUGUUUUAGAGCAGGUCUGUUAAAUUCAUGUUAGUUCAGUUCCACAUUCAGCCUAAUAUGUUCUAAAGUGGGUCGGACCAGUCAAAUAAUAUAAAUAAUAGGAUAAGAACUGAGAAAUAAUGU